CUUCAGUCAAGCCCCAGCCUCUUUCCAUGAAGACUCUGCCCCCAUCCCUCUCCCAUCAUAAACCACCCCAUAACCCAGCACAGUACAAAGGGACAGGUAUGUGCUGAAAAAACCUGUGAAGGAAGAAGACAAGGAAGGAGAGGAGAAAGUCUUCAACCUCACCUUGUUUCCAAUGAGAUGGAGGCAAGUGGACUGAUGUGAGUUUGGAGAAGAGCAUGCUUUUAUACUUCUCCUGCACUGCCCCAGGCUCACAGUCACUCCACAAGGGCAGAAAUUUUCCAGCAGACUCAUCUCCAAAGCAUAAUAUCCCACCCAAUGGCACAGGUUGUGCUUUUGUUUCUGUAAAUGCUGCCAUUUCAUUUCCUCAUUUCUGACAUUCCUUCUCUAAGCUGCAGGAUCCUUUCAUGUGCUACAAUGAGAAGCCAAAGGAUAGCCCAGGCAGAAUCCUGUCAGUGGGGCAGAAGUGCUGGAGGGUUCUGCGGGGGCAGGAAAUGUUGGCCUGGGGCAUUGAAGUGCAACUGUUUGCUGCUGCCCCAUGGAAGUGCCCCAGCUCUGCCCCAUGCAGCACAUGUCACCACAGUCCAAAAAGCUCCUUGUCCUUUAGGGAUGUGUCACUUGCUUCACUCUCUUCUAUCUUUCUCCACUCUCCUCCAGGAUCACAAGCUGUGGCAUCUCCAGGCAGCCAGGCUGUGCCAAUGGUUUCAGGUCUCUUCCUCUUGGUGCCUUUUGCUCUGGGGAGGAGGUUUUCCAGGUUAUCUGAGUGUCCAACAGCAUCCUGGGUGGCCUUAGGAUGGGGUUUGCCAUCAGCCUGUGGAAUGGGACCCCUCUUCUCUGCUCCACGGUGCUCAGGAAACAGCUGCCACCAAGAGCAGCUGCCCGGUGUGAGAGAGGCACAGACAUACUGGUACCAGUCCAGCAAAGGGCCUCAGAGCCCAGGGAGUGACUGGAGCCCCUGGGACAGGAGGGGCUGCCCGAGGUGGGCCUAUCCCCCUGGAGGAGAGAGGGCAUCUGGGCACACUUCCCAGGAAUGGGAAAAAGAGCUGCUGGGAGAGAGUCCAGAACUCAGAGUCAGACUCUCCUGAGUCCUAUCCAGUGAAGGGACAAGAGGCAACAGGUACAUCUGGAAAUAUGGGAAGUUCCAGGGAAACAUAAGAAACGACAUUGUUAGCGUGAUGUUGGUAAAGAAGUUGUCUGUGGCUGACAUGGACAGUUGUGGAUUCUUCAUCCUUGAAGGGAUUCAGAGCUUGACAGGACUUGGCCCUGAGCAUCCUCCAAAGGCUGAUCAUGCUUUCAGCAGGGGCAGUUGGAGCAGAUGAUCUCCAGAGGUCCCUUCCAAUCUCAAGGAUCCUGCAAUUCUGUCGUGGGAAAUGAUGAGUUAUGCACAGCUGCUCCUAAAAGGGAAGAACUGGUUGGAAACAUUGGAAUUCAAAGAAGGGCAACCUUGGUUCUCACACCUCAGAGACCCUGGAGUCAAGACCUGAUGGCAGGAAAGAAAACCAGUAGCACAGGACAGGUCCUGGAUUCAGGCACAGCAGAUUCAGCUUAAGCAGCUGUUAGGGAUGAUUUCAUGGACACAGCUUUUGGGUAGCACAUGGUUCAAGAGCAAAAAGGGUCCAGCCCAAUACUCAAAAACAAGGAGAUGUCUGAGCAGACUGGCUUUGACCAAGUGGGGUUAUGAAGACAGAUCAACAACAUCUAAACGCAGUGUCCUGGAGCUGAAGGGAGGGAUGAUCUUCAAAGGAAGAAUUUAGAAAUAUUUCGUAAGGCAUGUUGGGGUGCUGUUACAAAAAUCAAAGCUCAGCAUGCCUUGAGUCUUGAGAGACACAUCCAGAGGAACAGACAACAAACAUCAUCCUACAAGAGCAGUUAAAGACUGACCAAGGAAAACGUGGUGCAACUGCUGACAGGGGCAGCUGAUUUCCUGAAGAGUGUCCAGAGAAAAGGUUGGCGGAGUCAAUGCCUUCUCUGUCUCAGUCAUCACCUAGGAGUUCUCCCAGGCUGCUGUGCCCUCUCAUCUAGUUGAAGGAAGUAGUGGGAAACCUCCAGCAGUGGAUGGGCUUCAAGUCAAGGAUUGCCUGAGAAAAGCCAAUCCAUACAAGCAGAGGGUGGAAGGGAAUGGAUACACCUGCCUUAUCUACUUGGGCUGAGACUUGUCUCAGGCUGUGGUGAGGAGCUCUCCUGAAUGUUUUGUGGAGUUAAAGAAAGGGUUGCAGAAAACCUCUCCCCACCACCUUGAACAUAUCCUUGGGUCUCACAUGACAUGACUUCUCUUGGAAUUAGUGCUUCAUCAUGGUCCCUUUCCCCUGACCCAAAGACUGGCUCAGCCUGGAGCAAAAAUUGGUACCAUUCGGGAAGCAGAAACUUGCCCAACUAGCAAGUAAAUGUGGCCUGGCAAGACCCUGCAGUUCCACAUGCCUGGGGAUGCUCAGGGAGGGGACGUGCCCAGAAGGGCCCAGGUACAAACCCAGCUCUCACACUACACCAAGCAGUGAUGAUCUUCCUGCCCUGCAGACAUGGAGGCAGCUGGGACUCACCCCAGGAGGGCAAAGGAAUGCCUUCAGUAGGCAAAUUUCCUGGGACAGACUCUCCCAACCCAUGGCGAGUCACACUCUGAUUUUGGAUUCACCAUGUGUCAUCCUUUUGGUGUGCUGUGUGCAGGCCCAUGUCCCACACAGAGCUGAAUUCCCCUCCAGCAAGGGCAGCUCCAUUCCAUGCCUCAGAAAAACCAUCUUCAGUCACUGGGCUGUUCCUCAUUCACAGCUCUGGGCAGCUUGAACAGACACCACCCUCAGCACGGACUCAUUGCCAUCACUCCACAGCUCAGGGGGCUUUCAGGACAGUAGGCUUGUUCUGGAAAAGAUUCUCCUGCUAGUGUGGGGCCAAAUUGUGGGGUCACAGUGUAUGGUGAUCUGAGGAAAAUGGGAAGAACGAGAUGCUUCACUGAGCCCCAACACACCCCUAGGGCAGUGAGAAAGGACCCAGCACUAUAGGGCGAGUUCAGGAAUCACAGGGUUCAGGAGAGCAAGUUAUCCUUCCCCAUGCCACUCAUGACACUUGUUGGGAACCCCACAAGGCUGCCAGGAGAGGGGACAACCUUGCCAAACAAAGUGCCAUGGGCAGGAGUGGACUGAAUUGGUGGGAGGGUAUGUUCAGAAGCCUCCAAAGAGGGUAGAAAACAACCACAACAUAUUUCCUCAGAUUGGUGUCAACAGUCUCCACAGACCCUUCCAGCACAUGGAACACAUCUUCUGCCUGUACAGAUGUGUCACUGCCCCAAAUCCUUGGGCCUUUCAUCUUAAUACUUGAAAGGAUCCUCGGAGGCCUAAUGGUCAUGUCAGAAAUGAGGAAAUGAAAUGGCAGCACUGAUGGAAACCAAAACACACCCUGUGGCAUUAGGUGGGAUAUUUUGCUUUGGAGGUGAGUCUGUUGGAAAAUUACUACCCUGUGCAUUGACUGUGGGCCUGGGGCAGUGCAGAAGCAGUAUAAAAGUGGGUUCUUGUCCUUACUCUCUCAUCCAUUCCUCUCUUCUCCAUCUUAUUGGGAACAAGGUGAGUUUGGAACACUUUUUUCACUUCUCCUCCUCCUCCUGCUUUUCCGCCUCCUGUUGUGGGAUAUCUUAGGACAUACCUCUCCCUUUGUCAUAUUCUGGGGUCCUGAGGGUGCUUGCCAUGGGGGAGGGCAGGUAGAAGACAGUGUGGCAAGAGAAGAGGUUCAGGCUUGGCUGAAAUGUCUGCACAGCCAUGGGCUAGGUGGGGUCCUCCCUGGGGCUGCAAUUCCUGCCAGGGCUCUUCUGAGGGAAAAGGACAUUCCUGUGGUCUCUUUGUGAUGUUCUUGUGGGAUAAGGGAAAGGGUCUCCCUCAUGUGGAGGGUGAGAGGUUCUUCUUCAAGCACAACUCAUGCUUUUCUUCCCCUGCCCUCUGUCCCAGGUGCAGCUCCAGCCCCAGACAUGUCCUGCUACACCCCGUGCCUGCCCUGCCAGCCCUGUGGCCCGACCCCGCUGGCCAACAGCUGCAAUGAGCCCUGUGUCAGGCAGUGCCAGGACUCCAAUGUCUUCAUCCAGCCCUCCCCCGUGGUGGUGACCCUGCCCGGGCCCAUCCUCAGCUCCUUCCCACAGAACACCGCCGUGGGAUCCUCCACCUCCGCUGCCGUUGGCAGCAUCCUCAGCUCUCAGGGAGUGCCCAUCAACUCCGGGGGCUUUGGCCUCUCUGGCCUGGGCAGUGGCCUCUGUGGCAGGAGCUGCUUCCCCUGCUAAAGCUGCUGCCCAUGGCCCUGGCAAGGAACCAGGGAUACACAGGAUGGAACCGCCCUGGGGAUG